UACAAGCGCCGAUAGGCGUCGUACUUGUUGCAUCGAAUAUUAUGACGUUACUACAGUUGUGAUACAGACCACCAUUCAUACAGCACAUUCAUACUGCAAAAUUUUAAAACAACUCAACGUGUUACCCGGUCUGGACAAUGUAACAAAUCAAGAUAUCACAGGAAAAAUGGCAAGGAGUCACCGUAACCGACUUUGAAUAUGAAGAAACCACACGAAUGUGCGUUGGAUACGAACUAUUUUCCCGUAAAGUGAUCUAAUUUUGUUCAGUGACUUUUUUCUCGAUUAACUCAAAACCAAUUCAGUGUUUUUCUGUGACAUUCAAGGAUUUUAAGUGAACGAACUCAACUUACUUGUGUUUCCGACUUUUAAGUGCGUUUCUCGAUCGACAUCCGGAUUUAUUUAAUGUAAAAUUUGGUGUAAUGAAUUUUAAGCAAUGGGUAAUCGGGAUCUCGGUAGACAAAAAGGUGUAAUUACUAACAUACUGCCGGAAAAAAAUGGCGGAAUGCUCCUAUUCGCGAUGUGUACAACAGAAACGAAAUAUUAGAAGAGAGCUGCAAAGAUGGACAAAAACCAUGGUUCACAUCGUUGGAUUGGAACGAAUAGCUGAGGAAUUGAUGGGUAGAAGGAAAUGGAAACUGUAUCAAGAGUCCAUGUCCAGAAAUUAUUUACAACCUUUGAACAACAACGUGAAAUCAAGAACAACGCCCGAACAUCAGGAGUGCCGCAGGGACUAUUCAGGGUCAGAUUCGGAACAGACCGAGAACAGAGUGGUAUCGAAAGACAAUUGCACAUCGGAAGGAAGCGAAAGGGUCGGUGUAAGAAACGGCCUCACGUCGCUCGAGCCAGAAGUUCAAGACUGGAAGCCACAGGACAAGUGCAAUUUUUGCGUAGACGGCAAGCUGGAUAGUGAACCGAACUCGCAAGGGGUCUUGAGUCCCCGAUAUUCAGAAUCAGACUCCUCAGACAGCCAUAGUGACAACGAGACCCCUGCAUCCCUAACACCAUCCUUCAAACUAAACAACAACCAUCAAAAUCAAAACUUUCCAUUACCACCGAACAUGACUACCAUAGAAAGUAUGGCGUUGGCUGUUGCUGCUUUCUCAGGUCAAUUAAAAAAUGGUGGAAAUUCCCCAGGAGCAACAAAUGCACAUCUUCCUUUUUACCCCAGUGUGCUCAACCAAAGCUGGUAUUUGGCAAACGUUGCUAGGUCUUUUCAAAACGAAAGGCUUGCCCCAGAGGUAGACAAGAGUAGUGGAGAACAGCCCUUGGACCUGAGUAAGGGAAGCAGCAACAGUGCGGAUAAAAUUUCUAACAACGUUCGAAUACCAACGUUGGAUACCAAACAUAUUUUCAAUUCUGAUUUUAGAGCCAAGCCAAGAAUGCCAACAGUAGCUGGAAGAAGAACCUACACAGAAGACGAAUUACAGGCUGCUCUCCGAGACAUUCAAUCGGGAAAAUUGGGAACUCGCAGAGCUGCUGUAAUAUACGGCAUUCCUAGGUCUACUUUACGUAAUAAAGUGUACAAAUUGGCUCUGGAAAGAGAACGAGAAAGCCAUCUUAAUAAUUCAGCCGUACUGAAAAUAGACGAAGAUGAAGUUAUAGACGACGACAAAGAGCUCUCAGGGACGGAGGAAGAGAAAGAAAUCGAAAAAACCUUGAAAAGUCCCAUUCUAACCCUUGCCGACCUGAUGAGAUUAAGAAAUAUGGAGCCUGAAGUACUCAAAACUAUUUUAUUACAGAGAAGCACGGAGGGGAGCGAGCCAUGGCCGAACAUAGAACAGAAUGAAUUCGGAGCUUAUAUUCAGAAUUUAAUUUUGUCGUCGCAAAAACCCCCCGAAGGUUCUGUUCUGAACCCCGUUGAUUUCUUCAAGAGAAUGAUUCCGGAUCAACAAAAAGUGAAUGGUGACAGUGAAAGACAUUUGAAACCGAAUACGGACUCGAUCAUAACAAAACCUGAAAGAGCGAGAUCAGAACCCGAUAUGGAUACUGAAUCUGAGUCGUCAUCAAAUGUUAUACUUAAGAUUCCGUCCUUCAAGCCCAGUAAAAACGGUUCAGAUCUAUUGUUUAGGGGUAUUGAGGGUACGAUAGCCUCUCCGCCAGUCAGCACCAGUGAAUCGAGUUCGCCGCCUAUCCUUUCUAAUAAAGUGACGAUAAAAGACGUGAAAGAUGUUAUAGCUCAGAGUAUUAGCCAAAAGUUCCAACAGCCAGUGGUAGAACCAGUGACAAGGCCGAUGAUGGACAUUAAUUUUAAAAGUAGCAGCUUUACGCCCCCCUUAGGUUCUAAUAUAUCUGUGAUUAAAACGAACCCGCAAGAACUUAACAGGUUGUUUCCACAACAAGCCCCUUCAGUGAAACCUCAGCAACAAAAUACAUCUGGUCAACCGACGGGAGGUAAAGGUACAAGACCUAAAAGGGGAAAAUAUAGAAAUUACGAUAGGGACAGUUUGGUUGAAGCUGUUCGUGCCGUUCAAAGAGGAGAAAUGUCAGUACACAGAGCUGGAAGUUACUACGGAGUUCCGCACUCAACGUUAGAAUACAAGGUGAAAGAACGCCAUCUUAUGAGACCUAGAAAAAGGGACCCGAAACCAAAUCCAGUGGACGAGAAGAUAGCCAGUUUAAAACAGAACGAUAUACGUAAUGCACAGGAUAAAAUGAAACCGGUAGUUAUGAAACCCCCUCAGAAGUAUCCCCCGACCUCCCCUAACGGCAUGAAAUUGCCUUUAUUCGAAUCUGCUAUGUCCCCUUUGCCAGGUUACAGCGCUCCUCCUUUUCCAUUCUGGCCUCAUCCAGGAUUUCACCACAUUCCCAACUACGCUACAAACCCUUCGCCAUCAUUCCCUACAACUCACGAACUGUUCGCGUCUCAAAUGAUGCAGAAGCUUCAAGAGGAAACUACGAGAUCCUUGAGCAGCAAUUCUCAAAACUCAACCCCUUCUGGCACGCCUACUCUGGCGAAGAGCGCAAGACAGAUGGCUGAGUCAUUGCUUGACGGUUCCGGAUCUAAUGGUUCUUUCCUAGAUGGAAUCAUCAGGUCCAGUCUUGAAUCCGGAGUUCCAUGCAGUGACGAAAGAAUGAUCAAGGAAGAGAAGAAUGUUGCUCCUGAAAAUAUGUCGAACAAAGCACUUCUGGAUCAGCUAUGCAGAAACAGCAGGUUGACCCCUCUAUCCAAGCUCCCUACUGGAGAUGUUAGCUCUGGAGAUGAAUCUUACAAGAAAGGAAAUGCGAGCCCUCUAAAUUUCGCAGGCACUACUGUAAAAGAAGAAAAAAUGGACGAUUCACCCCCACCAUACGAAACAGAAAACUCAGAUGUGCAUACGAUAGAACUUUCGAAUGACUCUCAUGAGUCUGUCGACAAAAAACCACAGUUCAAUCAGUUGCAGCAGUCUGAAACAACAACAAUUCAACAAACAAAGCCUCCUGGAAGGAUAUAUCUGAAGCAAGAUCUGGUAAAUCCAGAUAAUUUGAAACCAGAAAUGCUGGUACGCUUCAUACCUGACAUGGAUAGAAAUGGGAUUUGCGAGAAUCCUGACAGUGCCUCAGAAAACGAAGCACCACAAGACUGACGUUUAAAUAUUAUAAAUGGAAGAUUUUUAUACUGACACAGGACUCUUUAGCAUUUUGUUAUGAAGCUCCGAAUGGCGCUAUGCAUGAAGGAUCUACAAUUGAAAGACUCGUAUAUACAUAUAUUUAUAUAUGUAUAUCGAUACCCAUAAAAUUUCAGUGAUAGUUUUUUCCUGAAUUCACAUUGAUUUCUAAAAGGUUUGGAACAGUUUGACAUGUAACUCGAAUAAGUAUUUACAAAAAAAAAGUAAAUCUACUGUUCCAUUAUGCUCCUGGAGAUACUGAUACAGUAUCAUCUUCUACUAUUUUCAAUUACAGAUUAUUUCAAAUUUAUUUACAAAAAUUUUGUUUUGAAGUAAAGUUUAAAUAGAUCCUUCCGAAGCAUACUAUCAUUCGAAAAUCAACGAGUUACUUCUUAAAACUAAAAGAUAUAACUCAGUGGUUGUAUAAUAAAUUAACUUUGAUGACGGUGUUUGUUGAUAAUUCUUUGUUUUCUUUAGAAUCAUAUAUUUAAAAUUUUUAUUCUAGACUAAGAUUAUCAUGAGCAUCAAAGCAGAAAUAUUCAUCUAUAAGUGUUUUUUGACAUUGAUAUAUGGCCCUCAUAUCACCCAAAAUAAACAAUUUUACAACAAAAUCAAAUAUUCACUACGAAAGCUAAAAUGUGGUAAAAGAAAAAUAUAAUUGACUGAUCAAAAGUUAUGUAAAAGAAAUAUUGUUGAGCGAAAUUUGAUUUUGAUGUAAUGCAACUGUUCAUGUUAGAUGUGUAAAUGGAAUGUUCCAAAUUGUAUCAUCAAUGUAAUAUUUGUGUCUUUUUGUCGCAUAUGGUACCUCAGAAGUCAUUCUGUUCAUAUUUUCGAAAUGCUGCUCUGAUGGUUAAUAUUAAUAUAUAAUAUAUAUUAUAUCGAAAGAAAGAAGCAUGGUGAGAUCAGAAAAUUGCAAAUUAUAUCUAUCUGUGAUUUAUUCAAAAUUUUUGAUGUAUAUUUUAUCUAAAAUAUCUUAAAACUAAAAGAAAAUUUAAGAUCUAGAAAUAGUGAAUUGAUAUAAAUUUCGUUGGUUAACUAAACGCCAUAUGAUAUUUGCGUUUAGUUUUCUUACGAUGUUGUCUUGUUUUCAUAUGAAAUGAAGUGCAAUUAGCUGGUAUAUAUAUAUAUAUCUAUAUAUAUACACAUAUAUAUAUUUACAUCAAUAUUAAUUAGAAUAAGAUAUAUUGAAUAUAUUAUAUAUUUGAAAAAAUGGAAGCUAUUUUGUUCGAGAGAUAAAAGAUUGACUCCUAGUAGAGUUUUAAAUGCUUCAGAUCCCUUCAACAACCGUCAAACAACACAAUCAACCACAAACCAAUCGAUACCGACAGUUAAAAUGACUGAUCAUGAAAAAUAAUAUAAUUGCAUAGUGAUUUUAGUUCAACAAAACCCUCAAAUAUCUCCAUAAAAAUCAUUGAAACAUUCAAUCAAUAGAUUCUUGAAAUAUGUAAAUUGAAUUUUCAUUAAUAUUUAAACAGAAAAGAGCUCUUCUAUAAUUUUUCAUGGUCUGUCUCCAAACCAAACCAGAAUCAACAGGACAAAUUUAAGUUGGACCAAUAAUGCAGUUUGAAAAUUGUAUAUAAAUGGUAUGCUUUUCAUACAUAUCGUUUGACAGUCUCCACGAUUUCUCAUAAUUCUCCAAGUCCUAUUGCAGUUAGAUAGUUGUAAAUCUUUAGAAAAUCAAAAUGAGAGAAUUCAGAAAAAUCGAUAAGACUGUCAAAAUUAAAACAUUCCAACCAUUUACGUGCCAGAUUUUUUAUUCGCAACAUUAAUAUGUUGAAGAAAAUUGAUUAAAUAGAUGUGAUCUCGGUCUAAUGUGACUAUUAUAGAUCAUUGGAAUGCAUUUUAAAAAAUGUGAUGUUAUUUUGAAGCUAUGGCUUCCUGUUCUCUAGUGUGUAAGGUUUAAACAACACUGUAUUUUUAAAUGUUUGUGUGUCACUUUUGCGCGUAAUACAAUUCCACUGUAGUAUAUUUUUUUCACAAGUCAAGUCGAAAACAAAUUCCAUAAUACUGUUAGUAAGAAUAAAGUCAAUCUUCAUAGAGAUUUAGACGAAGCCUUGUUGAUUUUCAACUCGUGAACAUCUUCUCUGCUGUUUUAGCCCCCAGUAAUAAGUUCAAAGAGACAGAUUGCAGAAGUAGGAUGGAUGUUUUGUUGAGGAAUUUGUUUUCUGCGAAUAUUAUGGUGUUAAUAAUAUUCUGUGAAGGAUAAUUAUAUGCGUUAUGGGUGAAUCACUGAGAUGUGCAAUUCUUUCAUAGUGUUAACUCAUCGUUUUUAAUUGUUUAUUGAAGUGAUAUUUUUCGUAAAGACAUGGUUAUAAGUUAUUGAACUCUUAUUCUUCACAAUCUCGCGGUCCAAAUGCAACCCUCAACAGUGUAUAAACGUAACUUUAAAACGUAUACGCGUCGUAAUUUUAAGUACGUAAAUAUAUUUCUCUCUCUAAACUAUAAUUUCCUCAUUAAAGAAUAAAACUGUACACCUCAUGGCUUAAUGUGCAACUUAAUUGAAGCAGAAUAAAAUUCAUUUCACUACUACUGGCAAUUGGUGAUGGUUUCAAAAACAGGUGCUUCACAUUCCCGAUAAAAAUAUGUUAUUUUCCAAUAUUUCAAAAUAUUCUCUUCAGUAACACUCCAAAAGUUCACAACAUGAUUUUGGUAUUCAAUACAAGAGAUCAUUCUCAUUUGAAAAUUUGAGUUCUUGAAAAUGUAUACGUUAAAGGGAACAAUCAUACCUGAUGAAAUUUUAAAUGGAUCAGUUCUAUCCAAUGACAACAGAGAAGUAGUAAUCGAAAAUGGCUUAUAUUUGAACAAAUCUAAAUUACAUAUUUUUGCACUGAAGUCAGUAUUUUACUCAACUUAUGAUUAAAAGUUCUUUAUAAGGAUUCAGAUUAUCAUUCCACCAAGUUUUUCACAUUGAUAAGACUUCUUUCUAUAGUUAAUAUUUCCCAAUAUUUUUUUACAUGAUGAAAUAAUUUCCGAUCAGUUUUAUAAAUAAACAUAUUUGUUAAUUAUUUUUUAAUUUCAGUUUAAUCGAUGUAAACUUAAGUUGCUUAAAAUUGUAUAUAUAGUAUUUCAUUCAGUGUACACAUUAAUUUUGGUGUGCCUGCUGAAGUUAUAACUUUAAAGAAUGGUUUAUUUUUAUUCGUUAACAUUUUCUGCAAACAUAAUAAACAAUAGCUACAAUUUACCCACAUUUAAUCAUACUGAUGAAGAGAUCUAAAUUUUAUUUUGCGUUUUUUGACUUCACAUUACUCUUUACGUAUUUAAUGGUGCAUUCCUUAUUAGUUUGACCCCCCUUGUGAAAAGAUGGAUAUCCAUUUAUUGCUUUUUCUUACUAUUUAAUAUUCAAUAAUGAAGGUUUAUUUUCAAAUAUGUCAAAUAUAUUUUUUUUUGAAAAUUUAAUUUGUGCACAAAAAAUCAUUGCAAAAUUUCUUUUAAUUUAUUCAAUUGAAAAUUAUGAAUACAUUUAGUGAAAUUAUGAAACACAGUCUGACAUUACUUUUUCUGAAAAUUCAUUGUAGUUAUUUUUUUAUGCACCAGAAUCGACUACAGCAUUAAAAACAGAGUUUACUAUAAACGCAAGUAGAUUUUUCACUGAGUACCUACCUACUCAAAAUAGUUGAUAGUUUUUAAAGACGUCUGAAGACACAUGCAGUACAAGAGGUUAGAUUUAAACACUAUAUUAGGAUUUGUAAAGUUGACACUAAUUCCUGGUGAUGGCACUUAGGUUUUACUAACUAGUAAGUAGCAUACUGUAGGUUUUUGAAUAUACCCCCAUGAGCAGUACUCUUCAUCAGUAUGGUCGCAAAAUACAGUUCAAACUCAAACCGGUAUUACUCCAGUAUUGAUAGCAUCAAAACAGACUAUACAAACUCUGAACUCAUAAAUUAAUUUUUGAGUCCUCUAUUAUGUAACUUUCAUUGAAGCUAUGAUACUUAUUUUGAAAAAAGAGUGGUAAAAUUUUUUGUUAAAACUACUUUUUUGUUUUAUUUUACCUGAAUGGAGAUACUUCUAUGUAAUGAUUUAGUUUAUAUUUGAUUAUUUCAUAUUGGAGCCUAAUUGUUGUACUUAAGAAAUUUUAUUAUGAUCAUUAUUAUAAAAUUGAAACUAUGGUUAUCAAGCUUAUUAUAUGCACUGGCUGUUUAGAAGCACAACACCAGAAAGUGUCUUCUUAUUUUUAGACAAUUUAUUCUUGAUAGUUUGUAUCUUGUGCAAAAUUUUUAUUGUUUUCAAAAAAAAAAUAUUCAAAAUUAAAAGUUAUUUAUUUGAACAUACCUGAAGACUGACAAAAAUAUUGGUAAAUUAUUCAGUCAUUCAAUUGAUGAAGGUAUUCAAAAAAAAAUUAAUCCAGUGAGAUAUAAAUGAAAGAACCGAUUAAAUCUGGGACCAAAAUGCCAUAUCGGAUAAUUCAAAAUCAAAAUAUCAGAAAGCUCCAAGUAAUUUCAAAUUUUUCCUGUAUUCUCUAAUUAGCUGAAACGCAUGGUGCAACAUUCUUUUCAAAAGUAAAUGUUCGAAAAUGUUUUAGAGAAAAUUAUUUCAUGAAAGUUCCAUUGUUUGACAAUAUGUUAGAAAUAAAAUUUAAUGUAAGUGUUGCUUGAUUCUUGUAUUAUUUUUCAUUGAAAUGAGAUGUAACUAUAAAAAUGCCUUUUUUAGCAUGAGAAAAUUAUAAUAUAAAUUUGUUGUAUGUGCUGCAUCAAGGGAAGAACUAGAUUCAGACCUCUUCCCAAAUCUAGUAUCAUCCUGUCUAAAAUGCAACGUACACUUGUUCGUAAAUAUCUACUUGUAAAACCUGUUUUAUUAUGAAAAGUUAGAUGUUUGAACAAUUAUUGCUUUGUGGGAAAUUGUUAUUUUCAGAAAAUAUUUUAAAUCCACAAAAAUACAAAAAAACCAUACACAUUGUAUAUUUAUAAUGUAAUUCUGAUAUAUACCAGUAUUUAUUAUACUGCGAAUUUUAAAAAUGUU